CUCUUGACACAGUUUAUAUCAAUUGUAAUUUAUGAGCGAUUAAAGCUUUCAUUAUAGAAACAUGACGUCAUCAAUUGGUACAGUAUACCCAUAAAAUGAUGACGUUUUAUUUCGACUUUAUCAGCUGCGAUUAGAGAUAAGGAUAAGAGUUAAAUCGCCAUAAAACUUUAUAUUUAUGAAAAACGGUUGAAGGUCAGUUCAUAUUAAGGAGUAAGGCCUAAAUAUAAUAUUUGAAGAAUGGUGAAAAGAUUUAAAGUUCAACUUUUGAGAAGAAAUCAAAAAUUGUGAAUCCGUCGAAGUUAUCAUGACGACUAUUUACAACAUGGGGUGUGGAAGUAGCCAUAAUGGCACAACUGGUUCCGAAACAAUGCUUACCAAAGAAGACGAAGAACUAAUCAGAACAUCGUGGGCUGAAUUUAAAAAAGGUGAUGUUGUAAUGGAUGGAAUGCAUAUGUAUUUUAGAUUCUUCGAAACAAAUCCUGAGGCUAAAGAAUUUUUUGGCUUUGCUAAAGAAGGUGAAGUUAAUGCUGAAAAUGCCAAGUUCCGGGCACAUGUGAAGAACGUGUUUGAUAUAGUAGGAGGUGCUGUUGAUGGUAUGGAUAACAUAACGGAAGUAAAGGGAAUAUGUUAUGAUUUAGGUGUUAGACAUAAAGCCUAUGGUGUACCAAGUAAAUACUUCAAGGUAGUUGGAAAUAGUUUAAUAUACGCCUUGGAUAAAAAACUUCGCAUGGACUCUAAUACAAAGAAAGCCUGGGUUCGUCUUUACAGUAUUAUUGAAAGUGAAGCAAAGAAGGGCAUGGCAGCAGCAUAAUUUGAAAAACUACAAAACAAUUCAUUCGGUCUUCGACUGACUGAAAGCUUGGAAGUUAAAAUAUAGAAAUUAUGCUUUAAGUUUAAUUGUUACUUUUUUAAAAAUGUGAUAAGAAAAAUACCACAUGAACAAAUGUCAGUGGUAAGUGGUAUAGAACUUUAUUUACAACUUAUAAAGUCGUGUUUACCAUAACUAAGUCGUGUUUACACUUACUAAGUGGUAUUUACCCUUAUUAAGUGGUAUUUGCCAAUAUUACGUGGUGUUUACCAUAAUUACAAUCGUUACUGAUCACAGAAAAAAAGAAUUAUAUUUAACAAAUGUUUAAUACCCAGAUUGGUAUAACAAUCAUUAACCCACUUUAUUUUAUCAAUUAAUUUAAUUUCCAAAUGAUAUAUUAAUUUAUUUAUCACUGACAAUUUCCCAACCUCUGUAUGCAAGAUUUUUUUUUAAAAUCCCAAAUAUGCAAUUUAUAAAUAUUGUUUUUUGAUUGCCUAAGUCUAAGAUAUUAUUAGUGUACAUUUCAAUAUAAUUAAAAUGAUUAAUUAAGUCAUCACCAUGUAAAUAGUCAUAAGCAACCAAAUAACAUUGGACACUAAGAAUUCAUUUCUUACUGCCAUACUUGCACAAGAUCUUUCUUCUGUAUUUUAUUAGUUUUCUAAAGCAUACAUCAUAUGUUUUUAGCAUGGAAAUUGAACAUAAAUCCUAUAGUCUACACAUCAUGGAUUACAAAUUUAAUAUUUAUUUAUCAAACAUUGUAUUGAUAUUCAUUUCCUAUAAAACUUAAUAAGAAAUAUUAAAAUUGUGAAUCUGCCAUGUUUGAUUUUCCAAAAUGUUACACAGUAAGCAAUCUGAAAGCCUUCUUUUCUCCAAGCGAAUAUUAACUGCAAUUUAUUUUGGUGAUUUUCAUCUAUUUCAGCUAGAAUUUUUAAAGUAUUAUUAUCAGGUAACUAUUUGUGAGGGUGUAGUAUUUGGGAGCAAAAUUAUGAUUUGUAAUCCAGACUACAAUAUAUUUAUAAAAAUUGUAACUUAGUCAACAAGUUUAUCAAUGCUGUAUCUGUGAUAUGUUGGUAAUGUUGUUUAAUAAAAAUUUUUUUUUUUUUA